AUGUCCAAUGUCCCCAAGAUUCAAAACAUGAAAGCGCGCUGCCUCACUGUAAUGGCAACCCGGGCAGAAGACCAGGACCUUGUGGUCUCAACAGCAUCCAAACACGGCGUUAGAUCUGCGAACCAAGCGGAUUGGUCUAAGGAAGAGUGCAUUGUCCCUUGUUUCGGAUGGCAUCCGUGGUUCGCGCAUCAGAUGUACAUCACAGACGACGUAAACGAAGAGGGAAAUGAGACGAAUCUAACGGAAGAUGCGAAGAUUGCGCACUACCAGAAAGUCCUCCAACCCUCCCGGCAAGAUCCAAGCGAAGAGGACAUACGCAUCUUCAGCGCCCUGCCAGAUCCUACGCCUUUCUCUGUCUUCCUAUCUCAGACUCGUAGACAUCUUGAAGCGCACCCCUACGCACUCGUCGGCGAAGUCGGUCUAGACCGCAGUUUUCGAAUCCCAGAAGCAUGGGCGCCCGAUCUCUGGGCGACACGCAACUCGAGCCUGACAGCUGGGGGGCGAGAAGGCCGACGUCUGACCCCGUUUCGAUGCCAGCCCGCGCACCAGAAGGAGAUUCUCAAAAGGCAGUUACGGCUAGCAGCCGAGCUGAAGAGGGCGGUCAGUGUGCAUGGUGUGCAGGCGCACGGCCUGGUCUAUCAGGCGCUCCACGAAUUGUGGAAGGGCCACGAGAGGGAAGUGCUCAGCAGACGGGAGAAGAAGAAGCGCGGCAACGACGAUCCAAGCGUUGAGAUGGAGAACAGCAAAGCCGCACGGGAAGAGAGUAGUGCUCCCAAACCGUAUCCGCCGAGGAUAUGUCUGCAUUCGUAUUCGGGGAGUGCGAGCAACUUCAAGCAGUAUCUCAACCCCGCGAUUCCAAUUCGCAUCUUUGCUAGCUUCAGCACGGCGAUCAACCUGGGCGAUGCGCUGGAUGAGGAGACGCCGGCGGAGUUUGCAGAGAUGAUCAAGACGGUGCCAGAUGAGAUGAUGCUUGUCGAGAGUGAUUUGCAUACGGCAGGCGAGGAGAUGGAUCGGAGGCUCGAGGACAUCGUCAGGAGGAUAUGCAAGAUCAAAGGGUGGGGCUUGGAGGAAGGCGUUGAGAGAUUAGGGAGGAACUGGCGGGCCUUUGUGUUUGGAGAUGAGUGA